AUGCAGGACUAUUUUGAGCCUCCUUCCUCUCCCUCUAGACCUGGAUGGGCCUAUGAUGUGUUUCUAAGUUUUAGAGAGGAAGAUACUCGCAAGAAUUUUACAGAUCAUCUUUACUCUGCUCUAGUUGACAAUGGAAUCCGCACUUUCCGAGACAAUGAUGAACUUCCGAGAGGAGAAGAUAUUUCCUCACAAAUCCUCAAAGCAAUUCAAGAAUCCCAAAUUUCUAUAGUAGUCUUCUCUGAAGGCUAUGCUUCCUCUACAUGGUGUCUCGAGGAACUUGUCAAGAUUCUUGAAUGCAAAAGAAAAACUGAUCAGAUUGUUCUCCCUGUAUUCUACGAUGUUGAUCCAUCUCAUGUUCGAAAACAGGAAGCGGGCUUCGCUGAAGCUUUUGGCAGACAUGAAGAACGAUUCAAGGAUGAAAUAGAGAAGGUCAAUAAGUGGAAAGGAGCUCUCGUGGAGGCCGCAAAUCUAGCUGGCUACGAGCUCAACUCUAUGGCAAAUGGGUAUUUCUUUCGUCUCAUUCUUAUGUGCCUUUCAUUACAUUUGUUGUUGUCCACUCCUAGCUUGCUAGUUGCUAUGCUGAAAUCUAAGACUCUUGAACUUAAAUUUUAA